GCCAUUGACUACGAUGGCCUUGAGUGCCCGAACAACUCGCCGGUUGGAUGCGCCGCCAGCGUCGCAGGCUUCAUCACGUCCAUCAGCUGGAUCGCCUCGUACCUCUCCUUUGCGGCGAACGCCUGUGGCCAGGCCGUCAACAACGGUGCGUUGUGCGCUGGCGACUUCACAGCUCUCAUGGCCAACUUCGGCGAGAUCGCCACCGUGGGCGCCGCUGCCCGGGCGGACUGCAACUUCGGCAAGAAUGCCCUCCAGAUCCUCACGCGCACGGAGACGAUCUCCCCUCCCUGGAAGGAGUUCGUCCCGGCAGGAGCUUCGCCGGCGGUCGACAAGGCCUUGAAGGUCAAGGGCCACAAGGACCAGCAGCGCAAUCGUGACUACGACAUCGUGCAGUGCGCCGUGGACGUCACCAACUCCGCUUCCUACAUCGUCCGAGUCAUCCUCCAGAUUCGUGCCGCGGGCAGCGCUUGUGCCGACCCGAAGUCCUGCGCUGUUGGCAUCAUGAACAUCAUUUCCUCCUUUGCUUGGAUCUCCCAGUUUACGGCCCUCGCCGUCUCGGACUGCCAAGUGGGUGCCGACCAGAAGGCCCUGUGCACUGCAGACAUCUCCGACAUGGUGGCCGCGCUCACCAACGGCCCGGCUGCCGGCAUCGCCUCCACUUCGGAUUGCGCCGACCUUUAA